GAGAGAGAGAGAGAGAGAGAGAGCGAGGCCACGAGGCAAGAAGAACCCUCAAUAAAUAAAGGUGGCUGCCACAAGUGGAUGAUGCGCCUCCGCUGUCACUCUCGCUGAAGAAACAGGCCAAGAACUUUUCAGAUUCCGGCGGCGUUUGGAGUUGUCCUGCCCUUCCUUUGGGACAAGAACAAGCCAGAAAAGAAACGGAAUAACCUGAAAACGUGGGGAGAGAGAGUAAUUUUGUCCUGCUUCCUCUGCUCAGCUGUUUAGCUCUCUCUUGACCUUCUUUUGUUGGUUCUGAGCUGAAUUCGUAGCACACCACCCUAGCUUUAGUCGAAGUGGAGAUUACCCCAGAACAAAUUUCAGAAGUAGGGAGGCAGGUUUGAUUGUCAGGCUGGGUUGGGUUGCUCCUCCCGGUCUGUUCGAAUUCGACACCAUGGAGAUAAAGCCGGCGACUUGCAGGGGCCGGAGGCCCGGAGCUCGCGUUUCUUGAUGCGAUUUCUAGCUUUCUGCAAAAUUCUUUUCAGCCCCUCAAGAUCAGAUUCUCCGCCACAAUCUUAGGCUCUAGCGCCCAUUUUUUUAAAAAUUUGAUCACCGCUCCGGUGCUCGCGGGCGCAAAAGAUGCUCUUUUUGUGACCCAAGGUUGGAUUUUGAUCACCUUCGUGGCUGUCGAUUGGGUUCCCCUCGUUGCUGCCGUUCUGCAUGAGGAGGAUUCAGAUGCUCUUGGCAAGGUGGUAGCGGGGAGAUGCCCAAGGCCAGAGAUGGUGGUGGGGCGGGGAGAGGGGACGCCAAGGACUUGCCCCUCCUUUUCCUCAGGGUUGGCGCCGCUGUCACGCUCUCCAUCGCCGGGCUGCUCUUCUCGCGGCGGCAACGGCCGCCCCGGCAGCUCCUGCUCCCUCCUCCUCCUCCUCCCUCCUCAGAGUCGGAUGAUGCCCACGGCAUGAAGGCUGGCAGAGGGCUCAAGGAGGAGCUUAGGAUCCUCAGGAAUGAGGACACCGGGGCUAAAAUCAUCAGUGGAAACUCUGUUCACACGACCACCACCACUGCCUUGGUGCCCUUGCGCCACAAAUGCAGAAACCUUGAUGAUGAUGAAGGAUACCUACUUCCAGAAUUCAAUGAAAUGGUUCUCAAAGAAUUUGGCCGAGAUGUAGAUAAUAUCACAACAACGCCUGCACCGAGGGUAAGGGAAGAUGCAUCUAAUGAACACAAAAUUUACAAGCUUAGAGAUUUGGUGAAAUCACUGCAAGAAAGCGAGAAGAAACUGGAGCUACAGCUUCUGGAGUGUUACGGUUUGCAGGAGCAAGAUGCUGCAGUGAAGGAGCUUGAGAAUCAACUGAAGAUUAGCAAUGUCGAAUUGAAACUAUAUUCGUUAAAGAUUGAAUCCUUGCAGUCUGAAAACCAGAGGUUGCAAACACAGUUAUCAGACAACUCAAAGAUAAUCUCUGAGCUUGAAGCGACAAAAGCAAAGUGCAAGCUGCUGAAGAAGAAGUUGAUAUUGGAUGCAGAACAGGCAAAGGAGAAAAUCUCUUCCCUUCAGAAAAUGGUCGACUCAUUGCAGCGUAAAGAGACUAAUGAAAGAAAAGAUAAUGCUGAGGUUGAGAAGAAACUAAAGAGGCUAGAGGAGAUGGAACAUGAGGCAAGAGAGCUUAAAGCUAUGAAUUCAAGGUUGCAGCAGGAGAACGCGCAUCUUACUAGGAGAUUGGAGCUUACACGCCUAACCCCUGUACCCAUGCCCAACAAAGAUAGCAUGGAGGUAAAAGCAUUGGAGGAGGCUGAUCGGUUGAGGCAAGAAAACGAGAAAUUGGCUAAAGAGGUCGAACAACUGCAGGGUGACAGGUUUGCAAAUGUUGAAGAAUUGGUGUAUCUAAAAUGGAUAAAUGCCUGCCUGCGGUAUGAGCUGAGAAACAAGGAUGCUCCAUCAGGGAAAACUGUUGCGCGGGAUCUGAGCAAGACCCUAAGCCCCAAGUCUGAACUGAAGGCCAAGCAACUGAUAAUGGAAUAUGCCUAUGCCAGUGGGGAUGAGAGUCACUUGGGCCAUAUCGAGUGUGGUUCAGAAUGUUCUUCCUCACGGGCGUCAUCAGGUGAUCCUGAUGAUGCAUCAAUGGAUAGCACUUCGAUGAUAAAGCAGAAAAACCCGAAGAAGAAAAAGUUCUUUUCUAAGCUUCGGAAACUGGUGCUGGGAAAAGGAAAGGAGAACCAUGACGUUCAUACUCUGGAGAGGAGGGUAUCUAUUUCAAGCUGUUCCUUUGAUGACUUCGAUGGAAGGGAUUCACAUGAUAGCUAUUCUUCAUUCAUAGCAGAAACAAACAUACCUGGUAGUCGUCAACACGACGAUCACAGCUUUGGUAUGCAUUCUUUGGACAGCGCAAAAUCUAGUCCUCUUAGCACAGAAACUGGAGAUGAAAAAAGAGAUCAUUCUGGGGUGAAGAGUGUAUCUUUUAGAGAGGAAAGGUCCGGUGGAUUUGGUCACAGUGCUCGCUUUGAUAGCGGUCAGGCCAUACCGGAGGAUGCGGCGAUCCAUAAAUUUGCCGAUGCACUGAUUACAUCAAGGACAGGUUCCAUGUCAUCAAGAAGGUCAUCGUCCUUCCCACACUGAUACACGAAUAGCUUUUAGGAUUCAUCUGCUGCCGACUGAUCAGCUUGGAUGUAUAUAUGUGCCAGUUCUUGAUGGGGAAGUUAUAGACUUAUAGGAGAUGUUACUGGAAUAAAGUGCACAAGACUAUUCAUUGUGAAAUGUACAAUCUGUAUAGUAGUGCAGUUUACUAACCUUUAAUACCAACCCUUACCAUGCAGUUGGGCUGGUUUGUAAUUCUUCAAUGUGUCUCAUAAAAUGCCACAGUCCGGUGGCAAACACAUAGCAGUUUGUUCUGAUUCGUGGGCACAUGAUUCGUCUUA